AUGCCAUCUUGUCAGUCAGACCUGGCGGUGCCUGGCUGUGGUGGUGCCUGUCUGUGGUGGUGCCUGUCUGUGGUGGUGCCUGUCUGUGGUGGUGCCUGGCUGUGGUGGUGCCUGUCUGUGGUGGUGCCUGGCUGUGGUGGUGCCUAUCUGUGGUGGUGCCUGUCUGUGGUGGUGCCUGUCUGUGGUGGUGCCUGGCUGUGGUGGUGCCUGUCUGUGGUGGUGCCUGGCUGUGGUGGUGCCUGUCUGUGGUGGUGCCUGUCUGUGAUGGUGCCUGUCUGUGGUGGUGCCUGUCUGUGGUGGUGCCUGUCUGUGAUUGUGCCUGGCUGUGGUGGCGCCUGUCUGUGGUGGUGCCUGUCUGUGGUGCAUUGCUCUUCUGCUCUCAUGCCCACACUCCCCUCCCCUUGUAUUGCCAUGGUUUAUGCUCCUCCUCCUCGUCCCCCCAAUCCCAUGGCCACAGGGAAACAGAAAAUUGAUCCUACGUCCCCAACAGGACUUCCUACCACACCUGGCUCUCCAUCUCUGCCGGUCCGCUCCGUCUCUGUCAAACCCUCGCGCCUGCUCGCCAGCUCCCUUUGCUAUGCUCCCCCUGCUGUGUUACCUCUGCUAUGCUCCCUUGCUAUUCUCCCCCAGCUGUGUUACCUCUGCUAUGCUCCCUUGCUAUUCUCCCCCAGCUGUGUUACCUCUGCUAUGCUCCCUUGCUAUUCUCCCCCAGCUGUCUGUGUUACCUCUGCUAUGCUCCCUUGCUAUUCUCCCCCAGCUGUGUUACCUCUGCUAUGCUCCCUUGCUAUGCUCCCCCAGCUGUGUUACCUCUGCCCCGCCCUAUGCUAUGCUCCCUUCCGUUUGCUAUACACCGCCUGCUAUGUUCCCUCUGCUAUUUUCCUUGCUAGAUAA